CGCCCGCGGGAGCCGCUGCCCGGCGGCGGGAGCGCGGUGGGUCCCGGUCUCGGCAGGAAAUUGCUGUACGCGGAUCUACCUCAGCUUUCCCAUAAGUGGACAUGGUGAGAAGAGUGGCACUUUUAAUGUGUUUUCAUGCUCUCUGAAGUGCUCAUCUGGAGAGGGAACAGCUGCUCUGCAUCGCAAAGCCUUACACAUUCCGCCCUGGUGAUGGGCAGAAUUUGUCAUAAAAAGCUCAGGUUUUCGUGUCAGACUCAUGGCGAGAUAUUGUGAAAAGGAAAAGACGUCCACUGGCACAAGUCCGAAAGAUUUGGUUAAUAUUUGGUCAUCUCGUUUGGUUUCUCUUGCCGCAGGAGCGUUGUUCAAGUCGCAAGUAUGUAGCCCUGUGCGAGUGUAUGUGACCUGCACUUCAAGUUUAGCAACUCGGGAGAUAGAGAUAUACGACUGGGCGUCUUAAAUUGUACAUACACCUUUUGUAGGAUUUCCAUUAGGAUUUCCAUGGACAUUACAGGCGACUGUCUCCUCCCCUGCACCUGUAGGCUUCUGGAACAGUACACCAGUGUUAUCACAAUGCUGAUUUUUGUUAGUUUUCCUGUACACUUGUCCCUGGUGUGUGAUUUUGUAGGUUUGCUUGUUUGUGAAGGCAGAUGAUACGUGGUGCCGUUCAAAACUGGCCUUAUCACUCACGAGGCCGCAGGCCCGUUGUUCCUCUGAUUGCAAACCACACCGUGAUCUUCUGAAGCAGAUACGUUAUAUCUAUCUAUAUAAUCAUACAUUUGAGUAUCGUAUCUCUGGACUGUGACAGCUUCUGCAUUACCGUGGCAAACUUGCUUUGUCCUACGACGAAAUGAAACCAAGUGCUUCCUGGCGAUGUCGCUGGGAACGUGGAAGGCUGUCACGCUGCACACUGACGUGGGAGAUGUUAAAAUCGAGCUGUUCUGCGAGCGCACACCCAAGACUUGCGAAAAUUUCCUGGCUCUCUGUGCUAGUAACUACUACAAUGGCUGCGUGUUUCACCGGAAUAUAAAGGGCUUCAUGGUUCAGACAGGAGAUCCAUUAGGCACUGGGAAAGGAGGCAACAGCAUCUGGGGCAAGAAGUUCGAAGAUGAAUUCAGUGAAUACCUCAAGCACAGCGUCCGCGGGGUCGUUUCGAUGGCAAACAACGGGCCCAACACCAACGGGUCGCAGUUCUUCAUCACUUACGGCAAGCAGCCGCACCUGGACAUGAAGUACACCGUGUUCGGAAAAGUUAUUGAUGGCUUGGAGACCCUGGACGAGCUGGAGAAGCUGCCUGUGAAUGAGAAAACCUACCGACCUCUUAACGAUGUCCGCAUUAAAGAUAUCACCAUUCACGCCAACCCUUUUGCUCUGUAGCCACGGGGCGCCUGGGCACGUCCCUCAGAGACCGGUGAGCUCAGCUGCUGGGGGACGGGCUUUCUGGUGCCAGGUUUCCUGGAGCUGGAUCACCCCUUUGCUCAUCGAAGGCAGGAUUUUGGGAGUUGUGACCGUCUUCGGGAGUUAUCACACUUUUCGAAGCUUUCUCCAGAGUGCGUUACAGGAUUUUGAUGUUUAAAUGUUGCUUUUUAUACUUGUUAAAUAAGGCGCUUUUUAAAUAUAUAUUUUUUUGUUCGCAAA